CCUCCUGUUGCAAUGGCGACGUCUUUGGGAUCCAACACUUACAAUAGGCAAACGGAAGAUUCGGAUUUUCCCAUCCUCUGUCAAACAUGCUUGGGAGAAAACCCUUACAUCCGCAUGACGAAAGAGAAAUUUGGCAAGGAGUGCAAGAUCUGUGCACGUCCCUUCACAGUUUUCCGCUGGUGUCCUGGAGUCAGGAUGCGCUUUAAGAAGACAGAAGUGUGUCAGACCUGCAGUAAGAUGAAGAAUGUCUGUCAGACCUGCCUCCUGGAUCUGGAAUAUGGUUUGCCUAUUCAGGUCCGUGAUACUGGGCUCUCCGUUAAGGAUGAAGUACCGCGAUCAGAUGUGAAUAAGGAGUAUUACACUCAGAAUAUGGAAAGAGAGAUUGCCAACUCUGAUGGCACGAGACCUGUGGGUUUGCUUGGAAAGGCUCCGAGCAGCAGUGAUAUGCUUCUGAAACUGGCGCGCACUACACCGUACUACAAGAGGAACAGACCACACAUCUGCUCCUUCUGGGUUAAAGGAGAGUGUAAAAGAGGAGAAGAGUGUCCAUAUAGGCAUGAAAAGCCCACUGAUCCGGAUGACCCACUGGCCGAUCAGAACAUUAAGGACAGAUACUAUGGAAUUAAUGAUCCUGUGGCUAAUAAACUGCUGAUGCGAGCCUCCACCAUGCCCAGACUGGACGUACCGGAGGACAAGUCCAUCACCACACUCUAUAUUGGAGGCCUGGGAGAAAACGUCACAGACUCGGAGCUCCGGAAUCACUUCUACCAGUUUGGAGAGAUUCGGACCAUCACCAUCGUCCAGAGACAGCAAUGUGCUUUUAUUCAGUUCGCCACUCGACAGGCUGCAGAAACGGCUGCGGAGAAAGUCCUUCAAUAA